GUCUGGGUCUACACGCUGGAACCGUCAGGCGAGGUAAGCAACUGCACCAGUCCUGGCUGCGUGCCCGGCUACGACGCCACUGUCCUCUCCAUUUUCGAGGUCAAUGGGACUGCGAGCAUCAGGACCGCUCCGUGGCACGAUGUCCUUGGCUUCCUUGGUGUGGAUGGUUCCCUACACAUGUGGUCGCUUGUCGGCCCGCAGCCCCACGAGUUGGAAAGCCCGUCAGUCGAG